CUUGCCAAUCCAUAGGCUACCAAGGUACCAAUAGCAUCAUGUCGCAAACCGCUACACUCGAGGCCUCGGACGGCCCGAGGACAGUCACUUUGAUGAACGGAAACACAUUCUCGUUCAAAUCCAAUAUCUCCACUACACUCGACAAGAUACCUGUUAUCGACGCCGCUAGAAUAUGGAGCGAGUCUCUAGAGGAUCGCACGGCCGUUGCUGAAGAGAUUCGAGAGGCGUCGCGGAAUAUUGGGUUUUUUUACCUUGUCAACCACGGUAUCGACAAAUCAUACGCCGAGGCAACCUUCGACCAAGCGAAGCGAUUCUUUGCGCUGCCCGAGGUAGAGAAGAUGAAGGUCUUCACUGGGCUCGUCCCGAAUGAAUAUAUCGGUUUUCACCCGCUGGAAUGCUAUAACAGGAAUGGAUGGAAACACCAGGAUCUGAGCGAAGCAUUCAACUGGAACUAUGAUCCCAGAGAGGACCCCGACGCAGCCGAAGGCGCCGAGCCAACCGCAAGUCUCUGGCCACCAGACCUACCAGGCUUCAGAGAGACGCUAUAUGCAUACCACGGACAGUUACUGCGACUGGCACGUCGACUUGCUCGGAUAUUUGCGCUUGCCCUUCACCUCCCAGAGGAUGCGUUCGAUGACUACAUCAAGCGGCCAGAAGCAGGGAUGCGCAUCCUCCACUACCCCGAGCAAAAACACUCGGUCGACGACCAGAACGGGAUUGGGGCACAUACAGACGUCGAGUGUUUUACCAUCGUGACGCAAGACUCCAGUGGUGGUCUUGAAGUUCUAGGGAAGAACGGGAACUGGAUCAAGGCGGAGCCUAUCCCGGGCUCGUUCGUCGUUAAUAUUGCCGACUGCUUUAUGAGACAGACUAAUGAUUUCUUCGUCUCGACUGUCCAUCGAGUCAUUAAUAAAAGUGGAAAAGAGAGGUACUCGGCGCCCUUCUUCUUUGGGUUUGAUCGGCAGAAGCUGUUGGAGCCCAUUCCGACUUGUGUGAGUGAUGAGAAUCCGAUGAAGUAUCCUAUUAUGACGGGUGGGGAAUACUAUGAGUGGAGGACGAACAAGCAGAAGAGGAUCAAUGUAUAUAACUCGAAAGUAGGGCAGUAA